UUUGGUUACGGAAGUGAAUAAAAAUCUUGUUACUGGGAAGAGUUUGGUUAUCGCUCAGUUUUUUAUAAUUAUAUUUACGAAAUUAACGAAGUGAUUUAUUUCCUUUGUGUAGUUUGUUUUUGCCACCUUCUGGCCCCCCAGUGAGGCCAAUGUGGACGACAUUUUAUUUUUGAUAAGAAAUUAUUUGUGGAAAUUUGUGCGUAUUUUGAAUAAAUGACUCCAAGUAAAACGGUUCUUUCCCCACAAGACUGAAAAUGAGUUACAUUAGUGAUUUGUCCCAAUCUCAAGAAUAUCUAAGUUUUCGAAGUAGUGUUCCAUUGAAACGAGUAGUAGUCGAUACAGAUAACACAAAGGGAUGGAGAAUAUAUGACUGUGGCCCCAAGAAGGUAAAGUGCCCGCUAAUUUGUCUUCCUCCGGUGUCCGGGACCGCCGAUAUUUUUUUUAAACAAGCUCUUGCCUUAUCAGCUAAGGGGAUUAGGGUGAUUUCGGCUGAAGCGCCGGUCUACUGGAACGUGAAGGAAUGGUGUGAAGGCUUUAGGAAACUUCUUGAUUAUUUGGAAGUUGUUAAGGUCCACAUUUUUGGGGCUUCCUUGGGCGGCUACUUAGCUCAAAAAUUUGCUGAAUACACAGUAAAAUGUCCAAGAGUUGCGUCUCUGAUCUUGUGCAAUACAUUCACUGACACUGCCAUUUUCAAUAACCACGAGUCUGCGGCUAUUUUCUGGAUGUUGCCAGGCCUUGUGUUGAAACGUAUGAUAAUGAGCAAUUUCGGGUCAGCAAAGGUUGAUCCAGAAAUGGUCGAGGCCAUUGACUUUAUGGUUGAGAGGUUGGAAAGCCUUCCUCAAACUGAACUUGCCAGUAGACUUACACUUAAUUGCCUUAAAGGAUAUGUAGAAGCUCACAAAUUGGCCGAUCUUCCCAUUACUGUCAUAGACGUAUUUGAUGAAUAUGCCUUAUCAAAUGCCGUACGAGAAGAGCUCUAUAAAUGUUACCCUAAUGCUAAGUUGGCUCAUCUUAAGACUGGAGGGAAUUUCCCAUACUUAAGUCGCUGCUCCGAAGUUAAUUUGCAUUUACAGAUACAUUUGCGACAGUUUGACGAUUCCGACUUAUCGUCAUCAGACCGACCCUUAAUUAAUCGAUGCUGAGUGUUUGCCAUUUAUAUUUUUGUACAUAUGGAUUUUAUAUUAUAACAUUUUGUUUAAAAAAUACCAAAAAUGUAACAAGGACACCAAAUUCUACUUAAGAAUAAAACACUAUUUUGUACAA